AUGUUCACUCGGAUGGAAAUAGCCUUCGCGUAUGCACGGCUUUUUACUGUCUGCAGGGCCAAAUGUGAUUUGCUGCUGGCCACAUUGGUUUUAUCCGAGCUAGCUGUCAAGAAAACGGAGACGCUGGGUGAAGCCGAGUACGCACAGUGGCUUAGAGAUGAUUACCUGACAGACCCCUGGGAUUUGUGGUUCUAUACUGCAAGUGACACAGCUGGAGUGCUGCCAAACCAAAAUCCGAUUGAAUCACAUAAUCGAACAAUCAAGGCCACAGCAGUAAUUCAUCUUCGAGCAGCGACGGGGCACGUUCUGGCUGGAACUUUGCCUAAAAUCUUGGUCGAAUGUGCUAUGGACAUCGGCUCUGAGCCUAUCAGGCCUUAUGCGUCUGAAUAUUUUUUCAGCGCCGAGCACUACAUCGAAACCGAUGAUAACCUCCACGGCCUUAAGCUUAACGGCAAUCGAACCAAAACCUACAAAGCCUCGCUCAGAGGUAAGCUCAAGCAAAACGAGAAGGUGGAGAACACCCAGCAGCGCUUUUUGUCGUUUCACGUCGUGGAAAUUUUAGAGCGAAUUCCGCUCGAGCAUGAUUGGGACAAUCCUUCCUGGAGCACCAACGAGAUCAAAAUGAUUCGCCCUAAGUUCAAGUGCGACUGUAAGCAGUUCUACCAAAUCGGCUGGCUCUGCACUCGCGGUUUGGCAUGUCUACAUCUCGUAGACGCCCUAGACCUACAGGUUAUGCUACGAAACCUACCGGCUCGAAAGCCACCUGGACGACCUCGAAAAAAAGACAAGAUGCCUAGAUCCGGUUGGUAG